AGCCGUAAACUGGACACCUGUGAGCUGAGCGACUCCAGCAUCUCAGCUGAGGUUGCGGAGAAAAUGGCCAAAUUCCACGGCAUGAGGAUGCCCUUCAACAAAGAGCCCAAGUGGCUGUUUGGAACCAUGGAGAAAUCUCUGCUGGAGUCCACCCAUUCCACUGUCGUUUUCUGCCACAACGACUGCCAAGAAGGAAACAUCCUGCUGCUGAAGGGCCGACAGAGCUCAGACAAACAGAAGCUGAUGCUCAUCGACUUCGAGUACAGCAGCUACAACUACAGGGGGUUUGAUAUCGGCAACCAUUUCUGUGAGUGGAUGUACGACUACACCUGCGACGAGUUUCCCUUCUUCAAAGUCAGCCCUCAGAACUACCCUUCAAAAGCCCAGCAGCUUCACUUCAUUGGAAGCUACCUGCGGGAGUUCGACGGGGGGUUUGACGCUCUGAGCGAAGAGGACCAGAGGAAGCUGAAGGAGGAGCUGUAUGUGGAGGUGAACAGGUUCUCACUGGCUUCUCACUUCUUCUGGGGCUUGUGGUCCAUCAUCCAAGCCCGACUGUCCACCAUCGAGUUUGGUUACCUGGAGUACGCCCAGGCCAGGUUCGAGGCCUACUUCCAGCAGAAGAAGAUCUGGGCGGCCUAAUGGGGCGAGACGACCGGGGGGAGAUUUGUCGACACAUUGAGCCCAAAUGUCAGAACGAGGACAUGAAGGCCGAUAAAGAUCCAUGCUUUACUUACACUCCCUGCCUUGAAGGGGUCUGCUGCUGCCUACCGUUGGUACCCCCCCACCCCCCCAACAAUCCAUUGCAACUCGAGAUUUAGCCCGUGCAACCACACGAAGGUCCAACAAAAAGAGGAAAGCGCAGACUUCCAUUUCGACUAACCUUCAUUAGCAGUGAUAUGUUGGGAUCAUAUCUGUAGGAUGACRGGUUUGAGUAAGUGAACGGUGGAUUUGGGUUCCCGUUAGACCAGCUGUGUUAACAUUGCAUCAAUGUGUAUGUAUAGAUCAUUCCCUGAUGGAAAUGCUCUAUUGGAAAGAACCAAAAUGCAAACUGCUCUGUGUAGUUUUGCUCACUAAGGCAGCCAGAUGCUAACUAUGUACAAAUAUAUAAAUAUCUAGACGGUGAUAUGCUAGUAGUGUGGCUCGAUCCUUCAGAGACGGACUGAGUGAGCUGGUGGAGCUCUGUCUUCAUCUAGAAGUCUGAAUAACUUUACACACUUGCUGUUUGACCUUUUUUUUUUUUUUUAUGGGUGUGUUUGACAUGUCAAAGUCAGGGCACAUAUUUUAUGUUUUAUGUUUCURAAGAUGUGAAUAAUAUCCUGAGUGGCUCCACACAACCAGAAUGAAAAAGACCAGUUUUUCAUCGAUUAUUAUUACGUUUUUCCUAACGUUUUAAUACUCCAACUUUUGUGGAACAGAGAUGUGAAGCGUUUUUUAGAAGUUAUUUCUGAGUACUGUGACGAGGAGAUCCAUGUUUAUAAAGUUUAUACACUAAGUUUGAGUAACAUUGGUAAUCCUGUACUAAAAAAAGAAAAAAGCUUUACUCAGUGCACUCGACAAUGGUUUCUUAUUGUGGUUAACGGAUUCUUUGGUGUUUUGGCCACAGUGCCUUCUGUCAGAAUCCACAAUCACCCAAGUGGUUAUAAUCAAUAGUCACUGUUCAUAUUUGCACAAACUCUUACUUUCUUGAAGGGGAAUUUAGAAAACCGGAACRUUUAUUGUCCAGUCGUAGCUUGUUGCACGACCGAUAUCUCCUUCAUCUGACAAAAAUCUGACUUUUAAAUCCGAAAUCCAUCACUGCGACGAGUAAAGUUAAUCCUCAGAAUAGUUGAACAUUAAAAGUUGUUGAAUAAAACACCGUCAGAUCGUUAGCAAACACUUACAGACUGCUGUUUACCUGUUUGUACCACGUUCUUCACGUUGCCUUUAAACAGUAAUCUUUAGAAUUCUAGUUUAUUUUAUCUGCACUUCUGAUUUUUAUUUUAUUUUUCCCACUCCUUUUUCCUCAAUGAUUGGUACCAAAGGCUUGUUUUUCAGUUUGCAGUUACAGUAUURGUGCCCAAUGGUAGAAAUUUUACCUAAAAUCUUCUGCAUUUGUAGCAAAUAGGGAUGAACGUGCAGACUGAGCCAACCUAAAACAACAAAAAUCAUUACGGCUUAAAUUGGAUAUUUUGUGGGAAAUGUUUUUUUUAUCAUCUCUGUUCGUUUUGACUUAUUUUGAGAUAAUACCUGGUGAGUUUAAGGUUAUUUAAUGUAACCAGGCAGAUUAAAGAGUUAUUGUUUAGAUUUUGUUUUUUUUUUUGUUUGUUUUUUUUGCCACUAAAUAUAAAAACUGUGCUGCCACAUAUGCAGACUAGCUUCAUCUGUUCUCAUUCCUCCUCCGGACUCUCCUCCUGUUUAGCUGUGACCCGUUGGGAUUUUGGGGGGUCGUGAAGCCCCCCGUGGAACGCUGCUUCUCUUAAAAAGACUUAGAAACUGAGCAGAACUGAUUUAUACUGGAACUACAGUUCAGUAAAGGCAUUUGAACAUAGAUUGUGGAACUUUGAAGGUAUAUAAAUAUAUACAUGUAAUUUUUUUAAAGACAUUGCAGAACUGUGAAUAUGUUAGAAUGUCAGUUUUAUUUUAUAUGCGUGUUUAUUUAUAUUUCAUUUUGAACCUGUUUAUUGUGUCAAUUUAAUUUUCCUGCAGACUGUGCAGUGGGUUUUACUGGACACACCUACAGUGUUACUGGUACAUCUUUACUCUCUGGAACUCUUUCUUUAAGCUAAUCACAGAUGUUUGGUUGUUUUUUUUUUUUGUUUUGUUUUAAUGGAACACUUGCCCUGACUUUGUUAAAUUGUUAAAGAAAAAAACAGAUUUCUUUAUGUGUAAAUAAUCCACAUUCCUUAUUUUUUACUUAACGUGUACAUUGUGGUUCCUCGUUGAACUUGAAUUAAUCCUCACUUAUUGAAUGAACACACUCACACUGCUGUUUCUGUUUUAUCUAAUACUUGCUAACAAAUAGUUGUUCUGUGGUCACAGCCGCUCAGAUUCGACCCCUCUGUUAUCUAUGCAGCGUGACUGAAAGCGUCUGAACGCACACUGACACAAAAAGAUUUGGGUUUAAGUGCUGCAGCACAAAAUGACCUUGGCUGUACAUUUAUUGAUCACAAAUAAAGUUCAAAAGAUGACACAA